AUGCUCAGAUUAUCCUCAAACUCCUCAGAUUAUCCUCAGACUACUCCUCAAACUACUCCUCGGUCUAAUCCUCAGACUCCUCCUCAGAUUAUCCUCAAACUCCUCAGACUACUCCUCAAACUACUCCUCGGUCUAAUCCUCAGACUCCUCCUCAGAUUAUCCUCAAACUCCUCAGAUUAUCCUCAAACUCCUCAGAUUAUCAUCAAACUCCUCAGACUACUCCUCAAACUCCUCAAAUUAUCCUCAGACAACUCCUGA